CCUGGCGCACGAUCGAUCAACUGCAGCAGCGGCAAGCGACAAAUCCGUCGCCGUCGCUUUCAAUUUUCCGUCCGGAGCACAGUGAAGCAGCGCGCCUGGCCUAUUUGUACCUCUUCCUCCCCGGGCCGUGAAUCUUGACUCGACUCAUCGCAAUUCGUAACAACAAACACCACUCUGUAGUCUGUACUCUGUACUGAAACAGAGGGCAAGCUAGUAGCUAGGUAGCGCCGAACACGAUCAUAUAGAUGCUGAACCUGUACCCGAGGCUGGCGCUUGCAGCGAGCGGCACGUUCUCGGUGGAGGAGGACGAGCCCCAGAUCUGCUACGGCAUCAUGGUGGCAUUCGUCUCCCUGCUGCUAUUCUGCGUCCUCGUCGCCGUCGUCAGCGUGGCCAGGGCUUGCGCCAUCACUAGCCUCAUCGUCCUCUUGUUCGGGCUCGUCGGCUGGUUCGGCCCCAGGGGCGGCGCUGCCGCCGUCGCCGCCGCACGCAGAAACGGGACGCGGCAGCAGCAGCCUAGCGUCGCCUCUGCCGCGCCCGCGCCAACGGCGGCGGUGCGGCUGGCGCACCGGUGCACGUGCGGGAUGACGGACGCGGCCAUCGGCACCCUGCCGACGUUCGCGUACGAGGCCACGGGCGACGAGGGAGCGCGCCAGAGCUGCCUGCUCUGCGCGGUGUGCCUCGAGGACGUGCAGGCCGGCCAGACGAUCCGGGAGCUGCCGCCGUGCAGGCACCUGUUCCACGUGGACUGCAUCGACCUGUGGCUGCACACGCACCGGACAUGCCCGCUCUGCCGCUGCGAGCUCCCGCUCCCGCCGCCACGGAAGGCCACCUCGAAAGCAGCCGCCGCUGGCACAGAGACAGAGUCUUCAACCAACGCGACGUUACCACCGGUGUGAAAGUGAUAUUACUUCGCGUUGCUACUGAUUCCUGAUAGCAUUCCUUUCUCCGUGACGUAAAUUAAGAAACGAGAGAUGAUGCAUAGCUGGCCGGAUUUUGUUCAUGCCAUAUGUUACUGCACUACGUGAAAUUCAUUUGGGGGAACAUAUCAUCAAUAAGACAAUGAAGAGAUUUCGUUUGGCGGUGGUCAA